AUGCAGGAGCUUUUAGCCAGAAGCAAAGUCUUCCGCGACACACACGAAGAGUUCAUUCGCGAUCUCAUUGUGUCGUGCAAUCGAAGGGAGUAUCCUGUCAAUCGGUACAUCAUGGAAGAAGGAAUGAAGGGGGAUUCGAUGUGCCGCUCUGAGCUUCGCAGCACGCGCUUUCAUCUUCACAGCUUGUCUACAGACUAA